AGCAGUGGGGGGAGCCCGCUGCAGAGGGUCACACAAAGGGGGCAAUGAAACACAAGGGAAACGCACUCUGCAAGAAGCCAGCCGGGGCCUGGCUGGCUCUAUAACCCGUGUUAGCCACCAUGGUGGCGGAAAGGAGGGCAAGGAGCGCACCGCAGUUUGCCAGCACCGGCUGUGGGACGGAGGAGGACACCUCAAACUGAGCGGGACUGGCCACCAUGGGCUCCCGGCAUUUCCCAGCCCGGACAGUGCUAUUUGAGAAGGAGUCAAACGGAGUGACAUAUCGUGUCCCAGCCCUGCUCUACUUACCCUGCAUGGCCAAGCUGCUGGCCUUUGCUGAGGAGCGACUGAGUGCAGAUGAUGCCCAUGCCAAUCUGCUGGUGCUGCGACGGGGGACCAUCUACAGGAAUUAUGUAGAGUGGGAAGACAUGAGAGUGCUUGAGACUGCGACCCUGAAGCAGCACCGAUCCAUGAACCCCUGCCCAGUCUACGAUGAGUUCACAGGCACCCUAUUCCUCUUUUUCAUCACGGUGCUGGGAAAGACACCUGAAGCCUACCAGAUCAUCACUGGCCAGAACGUCACCCGCCUCUGCUACGUCACCAGCUCUGACCAAGGCCUGAGCUGGAGCAAGGUCACAGACCUGACACAGCAGGUCAUCGGCAGAGCCAUAAAAGACUGGGCCACAUUUGCUCUGGGCCCCGGGCAUGGAAUCCAGCUUCGGUCUGGCCGGCUGCUGGUACCUGCCUACAGCUACCACAUUGACUGCAAGGAGUGCUUCGGGAAGCUCUGCAAAACCACCCCACACUCCUUCACCUUCUACAGCGAUGACCACGGCCGGAGCUGGCGCUUUGGGGAGUUCAUCCCCAACCUGCAGACAGGUGAGUGCCAGCUGGUCUCUGUGGACGAGGAGGAUGGCUCAAACAUCCUUUACUGCAACGCCCGGAGCCCCUUGGGUUUCCGGGUUCAGGCACUGAGCACUGAUGAUGGGGCUGUCUUCCACGUUGGACAGCUGGUCCAGCGGCUAGUUGAACCCCCACACGGCUGUCACGGCAGCAUUGUUGGCUUCCCUGCACCUUUUGUUUAUGUCCCCACUGCUUCCCGGACCCCAACAGCAUCCCUCCGAGGCCUAGGUCGCUUGCUGCUCUCUAGGAAGUUCUCCAGGUUUCAUUACCUUCCUGCUUGGGAAGCAGCUGGUGGAGCCAUACCCACUACAGCUUUGAGCAGCCAGCCUGCAGCCAGCCAGAUGCGAGCAGGGUCCAAGGAGGUCUGUCCUUCUGGAGGGCAUCACGGUGAUGCCCAUGAUGUCACCUUCUUCAGCCACGAUGCGGGACAGCGUGAUCCCAAAAUGACCUCCAAACCCUCUGUCUUCUUUCAAACACCAACAUGGGUGCUCUAUUCCCACCCUACAAGCUCCAUGUCACGGGUCAACAUGGGGAUUCACCUUAGUACGUUCCCCAGGGACGCCGAGAGCUGGACUGAACCAUGGGUUAUAUAUGAAGGCCCAAGUGCUUAUUCAGAUCUGGCCUACAUCAAGCUGUCCUACUCCGAGUACUCUGCUUCUGGCACACCAGCCAUUGCCUUUGCCUGCCUGUAUGAGAAUGGGACACGGUCCCCCUAUGAGCAGAUCUCCUUCAGCAUGUUCACGCUGCACGAUGUGCUCCAGAACAUCCCUUUGACAUCCACGCCACUGGGGCGGGAGGACGUCCCACUGAGCCGCGCCAAGAGGAAGAGAAGGAGCUGCCUUGUCUCCUAGAGCCUCCCCGUACCAAAACCCCACCUUCGAAACCAGGCUGGCUGAGGGAAACUGCGAGGUGACACAGCAAGACUGCCAAGCCUCCUCAUUCAGCUCAGGUCCGGUGGUGCCAAGGGCUGGACCCUCAACUGGUGCAAGCAAGAAGAGCCCCAUGAGCCUGUUCAUCGUGCUGAUUUAUACCAGCUAAGGGUUUGGCUUGCUGCAGGCAAGCACAACUGGAUCAAGCUGAAGGCAGGUGAUACUAUGCCAAAACAGGUUUUUAUCUGGCCUUUUUUGUUGUUGCUUUUUAAUUAAGUUGCGUGUUGGGCUUGGAGACUUGUGUCACUUCCCCAGCCCAAGGCCUGCUGUCUAAGCAUGAGUUGCCUCGUGUAACUGCAACCACCAAUGCCUUCAGCUCACCCUGCUGCACUCUUGCCACGUGACAACAGCCAGAGGCUUGUGUCUGCCACCGAGGGACCAGGAAGGGACAGAACUGAGCUGAGAGAGGGCCCCGGAGAGUAGGCCUGGCCGACACCACUGUCAGCAAGGAUGCCACUGCACUUUGGGCCUUUCUCCAGUGCUAGAGUGAGGUUGGGGAAAACCCCAAGUGCUAGUUGUUAAUGGGGACCCUGUGUCAGUGACACCGUAGGAAUCACCCCCAUUUCCAACCAGCUCCCAAAGGCGCAUGCCCCAUCCCUCCAUCCGACUCUACAGGCGGUGGGGCAGGGCUGGUGUCACAACACUGGGUGUCCCUGGGGAAUGCCUGCAUGCCAGCACAGUGCUGGCUGCGUGCCCCAGGCCUUCCCAGACCUGCAAGAGGGUCUGUGGGCUGGCUAGGAGGGGGGGAUGCUCAGCCCUAGCAGAGGCGGGAGCUGACCAGUUUCCCUGUGUAGAGGAGACCAGUGGCAGCAGGAGGCUCUGCCCCAGCCCAGGGCCACCCACGCUCAGCGAAAGUGCAAGCUGGCCAGGCCUGCUGGGAAACCAGCAGGUGAACAAAGGGCCCUUCUGCAAGCGGGAAGGAAAUCCCUGGUUGUGAUGCAGAGCGUGGCUGCUUGUGCCAUCAGGCCUGGAGCAGGCACAGAUUUUUAUUACCUUGUUACCCCUUUUCGUAUGUCUUGGCCCUCCUUCUCUAUGCCCUUGUACCUCCCUUUUAGCCAUCCAGCCUCUCUCCAAAUAAACAACCUGUCCCUGACGACUUUUUCACUAUCGAUUCCAAUUUUAGGUCCAUAUCCAAAGUUGCUGUUUCUGAUACCAUUACCUAGAUCUCAUCUUUACCUGAUAUUACAGAUAUGGUUCCCUAGCUGCUGGUGGCCUUGCAAGGUUGUGCUCCCUCAAAGGUCUCCAAUGCUCUUCUCCAUCCAGGCUGCUUAGCCAUCUCUCACAUCACUCCCCCUUUACCGUCUAUAAGAUCCAGCCAUCCUUCGUGACACUAUCUGUAACUUCUGUUAUUUGUCAUAGGUCACAUCUGGAAGUUUUUCAUGUUGUGCCCAAUAGUUUUCCAUGUCCUGUUGAUUUGUCUCCAUCCCAAAGCCUGCUCAAUGGCUCAGUGAUCUGCCUGUGGCAUGGGCAGGGUCCAGCCUUGCUCGUAUCUUUGUUGGGUAAAACAGAGAGGCAGUAGCUGGAAACAAGCAGAGAGAAAGAAAGGGCAGAGCCAUGGAUGGCCUGAGCUGCUGGAGCAUCAGAUUUGCACUGGGUAGACUGAUGCUUGCCUGAAGUCUUACCUGGAACCACAGCUGUUCGUCAUAUGGUGCUAUGGGCCAGUUUCUCAAAGAUGAAACUCUUCUUUUGAAGAACCAGGUAAAGCAGAGCAACGUGUAGUUGUCGGCCCCUGCUGCAAUCCUAGCCUUGAGCUCCUCAGGUGAAGUGCUAGCACUUAGUGGUGGAGGUGUGCUAUAGUGAAAUGAAUUGCCAGUGCCUUGAGGGAGGGCAGGAAGAAAAGCCUGGGCCCUGGAAGCAGGUACAGUGAAAAUGAUGUUAAUAAAAGUAGCUUAAUCUAUUUUUCCCCUAAGGCAAUCCUGCAGCUUUGUGGAACUGCUUUAGAUCAGGGAGAGCAUUUUAUAGUAGAAGGAGCAUACUAAGGAAAGACCUUGUUCGUGGCUCCAGGCACGCUAAGUCUCUUGGGAUGUACCCUCCAAGUAUGAGGCUUUGCAAACUGAGCAGCAAGACAAUGAAAUUAAAAUUUUUCUCCAUAAUGAAGAAGGCACCAUUCAUAACCUUGGGGUUACAAAGUGCUACCGAAAACUGCGGGGCUGUUUCUGGCCACAUCACACCUGGCUUGACUGCUGCUCUGUUCCCACUUCCACCUCUGAGGGCUUUCCUCCCACAGCAAUAAAUAUUUAUAUGCCUGCUUUUAUUUUUCUUUUCAA